UGUCAGAUCAUGAUGGCGGCUGCCAUGGCCGCAAACUUUGUUGUCUGCAAGUCUUUCGCGCGCCACUCGGCGCUGGUACGCGACACAGCGUGCAAAUGCAUGAAAGCGACGAAAGCGACAAAAACCCCGGUUACUGCUUCGGAGGGGGACGCCAAAGCACGGGCAACUAAGAAGCCUGCGAGUGCUGCGAAAGCGGUCAAGAAAUUCAACUUCGAAAACUUCUCUCUGUACGGGCCCGUGCUCAAGUCGACGAAGGGUACCAAGCUCGACAAAGGACUGCGGCUGAGUUACCUUGACGAACGCGCUCCUCGUCGCAUGAAAACCUCGAGGUUGGCCUGCGAAGAGCGCGAAACGGCGAGGAUUGCCAGGGCGGGCGAGCGCGUGUACAGAAUCCAGUUGGAGGCCGAACUGCUCGACGCUUUGACGGCGACCGACGACGAAACGGCGCGGCUUGAAGCUGCGAGCGAAGACGCCGAACAGAGGGUCAACAUCAGCGUUCCGACGAAGAGCUUCGACCUUGAGGCGACGCUAAACUUUCCUCUGCUCAACUUCCUGCGAGACGGCGUGCCUGACGACGACAACGACGCGAGCGGCGAAGAAGUUGUGGCAACGACGCCGCAAGACGCGGCGCAGGACUGUCGCAAAACAACCAAGUACCCCAGUGUGACGACCAUACUGAAGGAUACCAUGGACGAACAGUCAAGGUUCCGCCUGGAGCAGUGGAAACAGAAGAUGGUGGCCGAAAUGGGCGCGGAAAGUUUCAAGAAGUACCAGGAAUCAAUCCUCAGCCAGGGCAAGUCACUGCACGUCAACAUCCGUGACCUGCUCGGCGGGACGCCAAAGGAGGAAAUUGUGGUGCAGCCCGAGAACGAGGGUCACUGGCGAAGCCUCGAAUCUUUUUGGCCCGAAAUUGGCAAGGUGGCUCACCUGGAAAGCACUGUGUGCCAUCCACACUUACAGUAUCGCGGAAUCCUCGACUGCGUGGCCGUGUGCCGGGAUGAGCUUGUGCUGAUCGACUGGAAGACAUCCAAGAAGCCAAAGCCACUGUUGUCAGAUACCUACGACAAUCCAUUGCAAGUGGCAGCCUACAUUGGUGCACUCAACUACGAUGACAACUACAAAAUUCAGGUCCGAGAUGCCAUGAUCGUGAUUGCUUAUGAAGACGGCAGUCCAUGCCAGGUUCAUCACCUCGGACCUGCACUUUGUCAGAGGCACUGGCAAAGAUGGCUGCAGAGGCUACGCACCUACUGGAAUCGGCUGCACCAGGACGAAAUGAUGUUCGGAUAAUAGAUUGAGAACAUUUUGUGUGUGUUUUAUACUGUCAUGGACUGACCGCUUGAACAAUACAGCCGUGCAAUCCUCCAGUCUUUGCCUUGGAGCUAUAAUGAAGAACAGCAGGCACCAGUCUUCAGCAGCGCUGUAUGACUUUUCGAGAAAAAAAGAAUUCAGUGGCGUUUGCACAAACAAGAACUGUUUAUUUUACUAUGGAAUGAACAAUACCCUUAUGAAAAUUAAAGGUAUGUUAACAUGUAGCA